GUUGUGUUCAUCAGCAACAGCUGCUUCCUGGAACUUGCAGUUUCGUGAUUGAAUAUUCGAACCCUUCUUCCCUCCUUUCUAGUUCCCAUUAUACAGUAUAUAUUUAAAGAGCCACUCCAUUUCUUUUCUUCCAAGCUCAAUACUUGGAUCUUCUUCUAAUUCAUCAGCAUCGCUAAAGAUUUUUAUCUAUAUAUCUCCUUUUGGAGCUAGGUAGCUAGCUCAGUUCCUUGCACUAGCAUUUGAAUAUUCCUAUUUUCUGCUUCAUUGUUUUUGGUACAAAAUUCUCGGAUUGCUUUUUGUUCUUUCUUCAAUCAAACAUCUGAGAAUUCAGUAGCUUAAAGCAAUUUCCAUGGAAGCCAUAUUCCAAGAACAACUUUUUCCUGGUGCAGAUGCUUUCAUUUUUAGGCACCCUUCUUCAAGAGAAGAUGUUGUUGUACAAAAUGGUAGUACAAUAUUCAAUCGUCCUAGUUUUGAAGAUUACCCUUAUGUCCUUUCAAAUGUCCGAGAAGGAGAUUCUUCUCCUAAAGAGGAAGGGGAAGGAGAAAGGGACUAUUCUGAUGCAAUGUACAAAUACAUAAGCCAGAUGCUAAUGGAAGAGGAAGAUUUGGAGUAUAAGCCCUGUAUGUUCCGUGACUGUAUGGCUCUCCAAGCUGCUGAGAAAUACUUCUCUGAUGUCCUUCACGGAUCCGAAAACAUUACUAUUUCCCCCCAGUUUUCCGCCAUUAUUCCACAGGAUAAGGUUUCCUCCUCUUGUCCUGAUCUCAGCAACACUUCAUCUUAUUCUAUUGAGUCUCCUCAAUCGGGUCUGAAUUUUGAAUCCCCUGUUUCAGUGAAGAGUUUGCCUGAUGUCUCUAAUGGACUAAAUCAUGGCUCUAGUGGUUUGAGGGAAAAGAAAAAUCACCAUCGACAAGAUGAUGACCACCAGAGGAGUAACAAACAGUUGGCCACAUUUGCUGCUGAUGAAUCUGAACCAUUGGAAAUGUAUGACAAUGUGUUGUUGCUUUGUCCAAAUAAUCCAUGUGGUCCGCCUAAUGAAGUUAAAAAACCAACCAAAGUUGGAAGGUCGAGAUCAGGUGGUAAGAAGCAUAGCAGCAGCAAGAAGGAAAUUGUGGAUUUGAGAGGUCUGUUGACUCAAUGUGCACAGGCAAUGUCAAGCUAUGAUACCCGAACAGCUAAUGAGUUGCUAUUGCGGAUAAGACAACACUCUUCAUCCCACGGGGAUGAGACAGAGAGGUUGGCUCAUUAUCUUGCCAAUGCCCUUGAAGCACGCCUGUCCGGCACAGGAACAGCAUCAUAUACAGCGUUUGCGUCCAGCAGGAUAUCAGCUGCUCACAUUUUGAAAGCUUACAAGGCGUUUAUCACGGCAUGCCCAUUCAAGUUGAUAUCAAACAUUUUUGCAAAUAAGUAUAUCAAGAAGUUGAUUACUGGAGGAGCACCAAGGACGAUACAUAUAAUUGAUUUUGGGAUUUUAUAUGGUUUCCAGUGGCCUUGUCUCAUACAAAGUCUAUCGGCCUUGAGGCAUGGGGAACCUAUAAAGCUCCGCAUUACUGGAGUCGAACUUCCCCAGCCUGGUUUCCGGCCAGCAGAGAGGGUUGAGGAUACAGGGCGUCGCCUAAAGAAGUACUGUGACAGAUUUAAUGUUCCUUUCGAAUUUAUUGCCAUAGCGAAGAAGUGGGAAAGCAUCACGCUUGAAGAGCUUCAGAUUGACAGGAAUGACGUUCUGGUGGUUAACAGUUUGUAUAGACUAGGGAACAUACCUGAUGAGACAGUAGUACCAACCAGUCCAAGGGAUGUUGUCUUAGAUUUGAUCAGGAGGAUCCGUCCUGAUAUGUUCAUCCACGGAGUGGUGAACGGGACUUACAACACUCCAUUCUUUCUGACACGGUUCAGGGAGGCGCUUUUUCACUUCUCUACUUUGUUUGAUAUGUUUGAGGCUACCCUGCCCCGUGAGGAUGAGGACAGAAAGCUUUUCGAGGAAGAGGUUUUUGCAAGAGAUGCUAUGAACGUGAUUGCUUGUGAAGGAACAGAGAGGGUCGAGAGACCUGAAACGUACAAGCAGUGGCAACUUAGAUGCGCGAGAGCUGGAUUUAGACAGCUGCCACUUGACCAGGAGAUUGUCAACUUUGUCAGCAACAAAGUGAGGCGGGAGUACCACAAGGACUUCUCAGUGGAUGAAGAUAGCCAGUGGAUGCUGCAAGGAUGGAAAGGACGUGUAGUUUACGCUCUCUCUUGUUGGAAGCCUGCUCAGCAAUCGUAAAAUUAUGUAGUAGUAACUUAUUAGGCUAUUUCUUUGCUUCUCCUAUAUAUUUCACCUAAGGUUGAGCUAUUGUCAACUUUAGGUCAUGGCUGCUUGAUUGAAUUUUCUUUUUUGUUUGUAGCAGCAUUGUAGAAUCUGUUUAUUUGGUUUCAAUGCCACUGAAUUAUUUAGAAGCUCUGCCAUUAUCCACUC